AUGCCUUCCAGAUCCCAAACAUAUAUAUUUUUUAAUAUUUUAAAGGUAAUUAGAUCAACCGGUUUCAUGAAAGGACUGUACACCGAAUCAGAGAUGAAAUCUGACAACGUUAAGGUAUACAAAGAGGCAAAAAUUGCCUUCCUUCAGAAAGCCAUAGAUGUUGUUGUCAUGGUGACCGGGGAAUCCUUGGCAGUGAAGCCCGCACGCGUCGUUGCUGGGCAUGAACCCGAAAGGACCAAUGAACUGCUGCAAGCAAUUGCCAAGUGCUGUCUCAGUAAGCUAUCCAGUGACGAUGCUGUGCAGAAAGUUCUUGCUGGAGAGAAAGUGGACGUCAAAGGAAAGCCCACGUCUUCUUCUAAGUCCCAGAACAAAGAAAGCAAGGAGUCUAAGGCAGAAGAACACAGAUCUCAUAAAGAGGGAGGAGGUCACUCUGAAAUAAAAGAUAAAGGCACAAGUCAAGACCAGAAACCCAAGGAAGAGCCGAAAGAGGCCGAAAGUAAGCGAAAAGAAAAAGAAAGUGACAAGUCUAAAGAUUAUGAGAACAAGCAGAAAAAUCACGAUAAAGACGCUUCUAAGGAAGGUGAAAAGCACGACAGGGAAAGACCCAAGAACAGAGUGUCCAAACAGGGAAGAGAAGCAGAGAAAAGCAAAGACAAAGAAAAAGGAGAAGGGGAGCAAGAGAAAGAUCCGGAACACGCUAAAGGAAGGGACAAAGAAAGGAGGCCAGAGGGGGGAAGAGAAAAGGACAGACCGAGAGAAAAAGACAAAGAGAGAGGCAGAGAGAAGGAGAAGGAACAUGAGAAGGACACAGAGCAGGCACGAGAACACGGGAAGGACAAAGGAGAGAAAAAGUCCAUGGGAUCUGAGGACAGUGUAAUGAGAAAAACUGAAGAAAGGUCGAUAAAAGAUAAGGCUGAGCCGGAUAAAGAAGAUGAAAGUCCAGCGAGAUUAUCAAAGCAGCAUCCAACAAAGGGAUCGCGACAUCGAGCCAAAACCAGCAGUGAAGGGCGAAAGGAAUCUAGUAAAAGUAUACCUAGCGGUGCACUUGAAAGAACAUCUAGCAUAUUAAAAGAGGCAGGUGAGCCAGUUAUUGGAGUACAAGAGCCAGGUGAAUCAGUCAGCGAUGCAGAAGGAGAUGCUUUGAACACUGCUGUCGCUCCUGAGAAAAUGGUGGCGGCUGAGACAAGAUUGCCACGACCCAGCAGCGCAAGGCCGGCUCCGCCCCGGAUAAAACGUCAAGAAAGUGCAGAGGUUCUACUGCCAGAAAGGAAUGGCAGUGCCAGAAUAGUCUCAAACGUCAUUAUAGAUAAAAAGGAGGAAGAGGAGGAGGAAGAUGACCAAUUUGUGGUGGAAGCAGCAUCGGAGGUGCCUGAAAUGACAGAAAUGGCAACGGUUGAGUUGGAAGGGGAUGAGAAACAUGGUGGGCUUGUCAAAAGAAUACUGGAAACGAAGAAAGACUAUGAACAGUCACAGGUCCUGAAAUCUGCUGAGAAGGAGAAGCCGCUUUUGUACGAAUCGGCAAGGCGAAAAGAAAAGGAUCUGGUAUCAAAAGAGGUAGAGAAGUUCUGUGGCUCCAUUCAGGCACUUUGUCGGAGCGCUCUGCCUCUUGGGAAACUCAUGGAUUAUAUUCAGGAAGAUAUGGAUGCCAUAAAGAAUGAGUGCCAGAUGUGGAAGAAUGAAAACAAGCAGCUUACAGAAGCCCUGCAGAAGGAACAAAGCAUCACCGAAAGUGCUGUGGAACCACUGAAGGCAAAACUUGUGGAGCUGGACCAGUUGAUCAAAGAUGAGCAAGAUAAGAUUUGUGCUAAAAGGGCCACUGUUUUGAGGAAUGAUGAAAAAAUUCGGAAGAUGAUUCUUAAUAUCAACUCAAGAAAGUGAACGUUAGAAUAAAGAGCUGGAACUCUUUUCCCACCCUGUACUGAAUAUAAGAGGGAAAGAAACAAAGUCGCCUUGUAUGCAAAUUAAACCAUUGCAUAUACGAUUUCAAAUUCCUAUCUUUAUGUUAGUGGCACUAUGUAGCUGAAAUUGACCGUUCGUUAAGUGGGAAACAUUCAUUUUAACUCUAGCGUGGUAGCUUUUUCUCCUGUCUGCAGAGGUCACUUUCCUGGAUACCUGCUGAUCAAGCUUACGCCUUUCAUUGCUGGUGAAUCUGAGACAUUUCAAGCAAACAGAAACUAUUCUGCUACUUUUAUUUAUUUGACUUUGGAAAGGCUACAGUUGAAGUGGCUGAAACAUGUCCUUAGGCUGGCAAGCCCAUUGAGCAAACUUAUAAAGAAAUCCUUGCAGAUCAAGACACAAAGUUCUCUUUAAUGCUGCUUUCUAAAGUCACCUAUAACCAUCGUAGAUUUAAGUACAAGCCGUGUCACAGAAGAGGGGGGGAAAGCUGUUGAUUAACACGCAACUUUCAUGCGCGUUGCCUUCAUUUACUUGGAAAGAACUAGUUUAAACGUAUUUUCCCCACUUAAAUUUGGUCAUGUAUGUUUUUACAUUAAAGCGUUACGAGAGAAUUAGCGAUCAGUUUGCUGGCAGGUGGGGAUGUUUGCAUGCAUCACGUCUUCCUGCGUAUGCCCCCCCGAUGCACUUUUGACGAGCCUGUGUUAUGCUUGUUAGCUUCAAGUCGUCUGCAAUCUGACGCAAACAUUGUACACUGUGUGAAGUUUGGAAGUAUGUUAAUGCUUCUGCAGUUCCACCAUCAUUUCAGUUAAUGCAUCUGGCAUUGUGAACGCUUUUUCUAGUGCGUGAGAUUUCACGGCCCCUCCACGGUCUUUCUACUUGUGGAUCUACCGUCUCACUUUUCCAAAGACAUUUCCCUGAUGGUUUACUAGAUGCUGUGCAGGAGGAUUGUAUA